GCACCAUGUCGGUCAGCGUCCAUGAGACCCGCAAGUCGCGGAGCAGUACAGGCUCCAUGAACGUCACCCUCUUCCACAAGGCCUCCCACCCUGACUGCGUGCUGGCCCACCUCAACACGCUGCGCAAGCACCGCAUGUUCACCGAUGUCACACUCUGGGCGGGCGACCGCGCCUUCCCUUGCCACCGUGCGGUGCUGGCCGCCUCUAGCCGCUACUUUGAGGCUAUGUUCAGCCACGGGCUGCGGGAGAGCCGGGACGACACAGUCAACUUCCAGGACAACCUGCACCCCGAGGUGCUGGAGCUGCUGCUGGACUUCGCAUACUCCUCGCGCAUCGUCAUCAACGAGGAGAAUGCCGAGUCGCUGCUGGAGGCGGGCGACAUGCUGCAGUUCCAUGACGUGCGUGAUGCUGCCGCCGAGUUCCUGGAGAAGAACCUCUUCCCCUCCAACUGCCUGGGCAUGAUGCUGCUGUCAGACGCCCACCAGUGCCGCCGGCUGUACGAGCUGUCCUGGCGCAUGUGCCUGGUGCACUUCGAGACGGUGCGGCAGAGCGAGGACUUCAACAGCCUGUCCAAGGACACGCUGCUGGAUCUCAUCUCGAGCGACGAGCUGGAGACUGAGGACGAGCGGGUGGUCUUUGAGGCCAUCCUGCAGUGGGUGAAGCAUGACCUUGAGCCGCGGAAGGCCCACCUGCCCGAGCUCCUCCGCAGCGUGCGGCUGGCCCUGCUGCCGUCCGACUGCCUGAAGGAGGCCAUCUCCGGAGAGGCCCUCCUCAUGGCAGACGAGCGCACCAAGCUCAUCAUCGAUGAGGCCCUCUGCUGCAAGACUAGGAUCCUGCAGAACGACGGGGUGGUCACCAGCCCCUGUGCCCGGCCGCGCAAGGCAGGCCACACGCUGCUUAUCCUGGGGGGCCAGACCUUCAUGUGCGACAAGAUCUACCAAGUGGACCACAAGGCCAAGGAGAUCAUCCCCAAGGCGGACCUGCCCAGCCCCCGAAAGGAGUUCAGCGCCUCGGCCAUUGGCUGCAAGGUCUACGUGACUGGGGGCCGGGGCUCCGAGAACGGGGUCUCCAAGGACGUCUGGGUGUAUGACACCGUGCAUGAGGAGUGGUCCAAGGCUGCGCCCAUGCUGAUCGCCCGCUUUGGCCACGGCUCAGCUGAGCUGGAGAACUGCCUCUACGUAGUCGGGGGACACACGUCCCUGGCAGGCGUCUUCCCAGCCUCGCCUUCUGUCUCCCUGAAGCAGGUGGAGAAGUACGACCCUGGGGCCAACAAGUGGACCAUGGUGGCCCCACUGAGGGACGGCGUCAGCAAUGCUGCAGUGGUAAGUGCCAAGCUGAAGCUCUUUGUUUUCGGAGGGACCAGCAUCCACCGGGACAUGGUGUCCAAAGUCCAGUGCUACGACCCCUCAGAGAACCGGUGGACAAUCAAGGCCGAGUGCCCGCAGCCGUGGCGGUACACAGCCGCCGCCGUCUUGGGCAGCCAGAUCUUCAUCAUGGGAGGAGAUACGGAAUUCACGGCUGCCUCUGCCUACCGCUUCGACUGCGAGACCAACCAGUGGACGCGGAUCGGGGACAUGACUGCCAAGCGCAUGUCCUGCCAUGCCCUAGCAUCAGGCAACAAGCUCUACGUUGUGGGGGGCUACUUCGGGACCCAGAGGUGUAAGACCCUGGACUGCUAUGACCCCACUUCAGACACGUGGAACUGCAUCACUACGGUACCCUACUCGCUCAUCCCCACAGCCUUCGUCAGCACUUGGAAGCACCUGCCUGCGUGAGGAGCACCUGCAGAGCCCAGUGGGACUCUGCGUGUUUCUCCCUUCGCCAUGGCUGUGGCCCUCACUUUCACAGAGUGGCCUUGACCCUGUCUGCCACAGCCGGAAGCUCAACCGGUCCUGGGACAGCGCCCCAAGUGGCCAGAAGCCCGGCUGCACCAGCUCCAGGGAGCAGCAGCCUUGGGGGCUGUUGUGAGCUUUAGACGAGAGAAAAGGGGCCGUCUCCAGUGUCUUGUGUGCUCCCCAAGUCCUCUUCAGUUUUGCAGUGGUUUGUGGGAAGAAGGACCUUCUAGAGGGCAUGGACUGCCACCAGGACCGCCCCAUGGGCCUCCAGGAGAAGGAUGCACUUGCAGAGCUGUGAGAUACCCGAGUCAGCGGGUCCCUGACUGGGGCUGGCAGGCAGCGCUGCGUGGGCUUCAGGUCCCGCAGCACUGACAGCACAGCCUUCCCUUCCAGGGUUGCCCCGUCAGGUUGUGAUGUCAUCCAGACAGUGCCCCAGGCCUGGGGGAAACAGGAUUCACCAGGGCUGAGAGAAGAAUGUUGCCGAGAAGAAAACCCAAAACAAAUUUCAUAAGGGGCAGAAACCCCACAAGGUGACCUUGGUGACAUCCACAAGGCUUCAUUAGCAAAUGACACCCAGACCCCCAAAGUUAAGAGGGAGAUUUCUUGUGGGCCACUCUCCCAACCCCCAAGUCCCAACCCAUCCACUGAAGUCCUUGUCCAGGAUGCUGCGGCCAGGUGUGGACACAGGUGCUGGUGCCCACUUCCACAGGAGAGCAGGGGGUCACACUUAGCAGACUCAGGCCCCAGGUUGCCCUUGGAGGCUGCCCUGUCACCUCCCUUCUCAGAGCUUACCCUGAGAGGCAGUCAUGACCCCAGGACCACCCCUGUCAACAACACUGGGUGCUCCUUCCCAGGAAAUUAUGGUCCCAUUCUCCCAGACUAGGAGCAGCUCUGAGCUGGGGGCAGCAGAGGGACUCCAGGGCGCCCACUGCAGAGCCCGCUGGGGCUGGAUGGACAGUGACGGGGCCUCUGGCAUCCUGGCCUUGCAGCUGGGAGACCUGGAUCUGGCCCGUUUGCUCCCCGAGCUCAAAAAGUAAGAGUGGAGACAAGAGGAUUGCCAGAUGCUGUUCAUUGCCGUCACCUGCCAAGUCCCUGGGCCCUCACCAGUGUGUCCCCAGCAUCUGGGUAGUGGAGAGAUCAGCUUCCGCCAGGGCCGUCCUAACACCUGUGUUAGUUUCUAGGCUCAUCCCUUGCUUACCCAACCUGCCAUUUGAGGGGAGGGGGCUCGGUGCCAUGGCCAGGGGCUUCCCAGGCCACCUGGCAUUUGCUUGGUGCUGCUUGGCUGGUUCAGGAUGGGGGCUCAUAGUGGGCUACACUGUUGAUAAAGAUUUGGGGCCACAUUUCAAACCAGCUAAUCAGCUGUGAGUGCCCCCACACCUUGGCACCGGUGCUGGUCCUAUGGGCUUCUCUUGGGGAGUGGGACCUUUGGGCUGGCUUUGCCCACUGAUAUGUUCCAUCCGUAGGGCACCAGCUGCACAUGCCUCUUUGGAAACAGCCAAAAGCAGGAGGUGCGUCCGGGCUCCUGGGACCCCACACACCUCGCCCAUAUUGGAGGCUGGCCUCCUUCACUCUGAGAUCCGUCUCAGCCUCUGGUCCUGGUUCUGCUGGAGAAGUCUGGAGGCAGGCUGGUGGCGGAAGCUGUGGGCCUGCGGUGAGGGCCCUGCAACCCUGUGGGGUUGCUUCGUUGACAUAAAGCACACUUGUAGCACAAAGGACCUAGCCAUGGUGCUUUCCCCAAAAGUUGUAACUUUAAAUAAAGAGUUGAGAAAAUUC